CAUAUGCACCAAGUGUAUCAUAUAAUUUAGUAGAACUAAUUUAUGCGAAUUAAUAUAUCCAAAACUAAUUUAAAUAUACUUGCACGCCUUCUUUAUUAGCAGAAACAUGUAAUAUGUGAAACAGUCAUCCGUUGCCCUGUUUGACAGGACGAGAGAGAGACACAAGCAAAUUAACUAAUGUUUAAUUAACUACUUGUUAACGUUAAUGCCUAAUUAACUACUUAGUAGUCCAUGGUUGUUAUUAAUUGCCGCUGUGUCAUGCAUUUUUGCUCUUUUGAAAAGUUUAGUAUCGAUUUUUGAGAACAAUAGGAUUCGUGUUUUUGAGAGAGUUUAUGUUUGGUUGUAGUUUUGUGAAUAUCAGCCAUAUCCAUGUAACCGGAAUCAUGACUGAUGCACAGGGAAGCACGGGGAGCUGCAGAGGUUUGAAGAACGAGGAUGGGUAUGAAAUCUCCAUCCCCUUUGAGGAGGACAACCUGGACGAAUCUGGUUUCUGUGAUCAAACUGACCACACCUUCAAUGAGUCGGUCUCAGGUCAGAUUCCUCCUUGCAGUUCGUACCUUCUGAUUACCAGUCUCCGAGCACAACUGCAGAUUUCUUUGGAAAAGAACUCGUGGCUCCAAAAACGCAUUGAAGAUCUGGAGGAGGAGAGGGACUUCCUGCGCUGCCAACUUGACAGAUUCAUUUUCACCACCAAGAGUCAAGAGAGCAAUGGCACAAUGGGAAAAGAAACUGAAGCAGAUGCCGCGCAGCAACCUACCAGUCAGAAGCAGCCCACCAAUUCAAAGCCCCCUACCCGGAAAACACCCACUCCUCCAUCACACAUGAUGACACGCUCUGGAAAAAUCCCUGCACGCAACCAAAAGCGCAAUCAAGAAGGAGAGGAGGUGAUUGAGGAGGAAGAGUAUAUAGCAGAAGAAGAUUAUGUGGAAGAGGAGCAGGUUGUUACAGAUGAUGAUGUUUGCUAUUCAGAUAGUAAAAUCUCACAAAAGAACCAUUCAGGCAGGCUGAAUUGCCAGACGAGAGUAAAAAGACGACGCGUUUUUCGUAUUGCGCGAAGCAUGGAAAGACAAAGAGUUAAAGACCCUGCAGGUGUUCUACUUCGCUACAAUAAGAUCCUUGUGACCUAUCAGAAGCUGAAGAGCAUGUCUAGAGCAUUCCAGGUCCAUGGGGUUGACCGAAACACUGUGGCCUCCACCACUCCUAUUGCUGAAAUGCUUUUGGUCGCUCCUGAGAAGGUAUCUGAGGUUGGAGAGUUUGAUUCCUCCAAGGAGAAGCUUCUGGAUUAUGCGAGGCGCUGCUAUAAAGCUCUUGAUGAGGAUGCUCAUGCUAAGGUGCAGGCCUUGAAGAAGAACAACCUCUUGCUGCCCAUUUCAUACAGGUUCAGGCACUGAAUUUCCAACAAAAGUAUUCCUUUUUGGGGGAAGGAGGAGCCAGAGGUGUUGAGACAGUGGUUUGGACACGAUGGAGUCCAUUCACUGAACUUUUAUGGACUGUUUAUUUUUUCCUCUUUCUCUCUCUUUUUCUUUUUUCUUUUCUCCCCCUACCUCAAUUCUAGAUCUACACACAUUUGGAGUGAAAAACCCAACUCUGUGCCAGUUAAUGAUGGUAAUUAUUCAGUUAAAGUGUGUAGAUUGACAGUAUUGAAUUUGGACAAAUACUGUACAGUUUUGGAAAUUUAAGAGAAAAAGGUUUUUGGUAAAAAAAAUUAAACGUGACACUUGUGAGGUAAAAGU